AUGGGUUGCACUCCUAGCCACAUUGUGGGCGAAAGCACUGUUGCCAUUAAUGACAUCUUGCAGGAUGACAUGGUUAUCAGAAAUCUAUCAGUGUACAGCUCAUCGCUGUCGGAAAAGUCACGGCAAAACCUAUUGUUUCUAGCGAAAAUAACGCCCAAAAUAGCGGAGACCUGCACAUCCGAUGCAGCUAGGGAGUCAGGCCAUCUCGAAUUACUGGAUCAUCGCAGGGACCUCAGGAAGUUCUUACGGCUCGGGCACGCUGACACCGAUCUUGCUUACAGCCUUCAAAGGGACUUCGAGUGUUGGAAGAAAGAGCCGAUGACUUUCUUUGAGGGUCUUAAUAUGGAAACAGGCGGGGGAAUGGAGGCGUACCUCACCAGGCAAACUGGUAAUGCUUGCCUCCUGGACAACGAUGAACCCAGAAAUCGCGUCAGGUUGAGAUUCUUCAAGGUCUUCUUCACUGAGGCUGAAAGAAUCUACCACAACUCCGGCGAGCUGGAGGAACAUGGAAGGUGGGAUUGGGCCAGUCGGGGUCGUAUAUACGACUAUCUGAGAGUCAAUUUGGGCACUGGUUGCCUUUUCUUACUGCCUAUCGCUGUUGGUGAUAGUGUCUGGGAGAGACGGUUAUCAGCCAAAGGCAAGGAGCGCGAAGCAGUAGUAUAUAUCCUGAAAGAGCUUCGCAUCAUGCAAAAGGCCGAUGACAUCGAGGCAGACAUGCUCGGCACUACCAUUUUGACAGAGCUUCUAAGACCCCUCACAUCUGGUCAUACUGCGUCAGCACCAACGUCGACCAGCUCUAGACGGGACUCAGCUCUUGUCGAGACACGACUGAACAGACGAUCCGAACAGGUCUAUUACCGGCUUCCGAUUGUCACCCAAUAUGAUUCACCUGUUUUCAUAUGCGUGCAGAACGGAGAUAUCGAGGGAAUGAGAUACCUCUGGGGGUCAGGCUCAGCCUCCAUCGACGCGGUCGAUCCAUAUGGCCUUGGAUUACUCUACUAUUCCACUUACUACUGUUGGCGGAAUUGCGGUAUAGAGGCCUCAUUUGCCACAUGCAAAGCAUUGGUUGAUGCUGGUGCUAACGUUGAGUGGGUGGAUGAUGUGGGAAACUCCCCAAUAGAUACGAUGGUAGAUCUUAUUUUGGUUGAGUCGGCUAUGGCAGGUCAGCCUUUCAUGCCUUUCCUGAAGGAGCUCGGACGACUGUUCGGGAGCCCCGCCGAUGAGAUUUGGACGACAUACAGCUGCUCGCGAGGGUUCACGGACUUGCACAAUAUCUUGCUGAGGAUCGACAUACGAAUGUCGCUGGAAGCGUAUCUCACUGAAACGGUUGCAAAGAACAAGGACUCCGCCGUCCUUCAGGCCAGAGACCUCACGGGCAGGACAGCUCUUGAUUGGGCGGUCGAGCACGGCUGGGUAGGCGCAGUGAACACACUAAUAUUCUACGGAGCUGAUGUCAACGAGAGGAGAGGACGUGGCUUGUCUUUGCUUCACCUCGCCUUAGCUGGGCCACUAUCUGGCAACCUGUUUUCCUCGUUCUUGGAGAUUGUGAAAACGCUACUCGCAAAUGGAGCUGACGUCAAUGCGAUUGACGAUGAGGGGUGGACACCAUUACACGUUGCUGCAUCAUGGGGCUCGGAUGUGGCUGUCGAUGUUUUACGACAAUUUUCUGGCGACAACUUGCUUACAGACCAACGCACGUACUGUUGUCAGACUGCUGAUCAGCUGGCUCAAAACAACUGGGAUGGACACUGCUUGGCCAAAUUGAUUGUACCUAGUCCGUUCUAG